AUGAGUGAAAAUCAUGAAGGGAAUGAAUGGACUGUAUUGGUGAGUAGAUCUGAUGAAAUUGAAGUUGGCGAGUUUUGUCCUCGCCAGCCAUAUCUCGAGGCUGUAGUGCCUGAGCUUGCGACAUCGGUGCGGCGCUUGGUCUUGACAACAGUUUCGCAUGACCAAGGUUUCAGCAACAGCGAGCAGUCCAACGGCGGCACGUACAACGACAGUCACUCGGGGUUCGAAGUGGCCAUCGUCACCCCCUCCUACCACGAAAGGAGACCCUCAAAGAUGUUCCAAUACAACGUACAUGCACUCUUUGAGAAGUGCGAACAUGAAAAUGUUUGGGACGUCGCAUCCGGUGACCUUACGACGAGGAAGUGGUUGGCUGAUAUUCAAGCGGGAGACAUCAUUCAGGUCAUCCCAAGAGCAGACUUCAUGUUAUGGGUGAACUACGUAUACAGCGCUACGAUCCAAGUAGAGGGAGAGAAAAGAGCAGCGCUUGAUAUGGCCGCCACCGAGCCCCAAAACAUCAGCAGCAAACCCAAAUUCUACAAUGAACUGGAUCCCUUAAAGCGGCAAGUUCGGAUCCUGUCUUUGCAUGUAGGGCAGCCAGAUGAUCCCGUCGCCUGUGAUGUCACGACCAUAUCACUCGGCGACUCUGUUCAUGAUGAACAAUACGAGGCCUUGUCGUACUGCUGGGGCGAGGCAAGCAGGAAAGACACAAUCAGGGUACGGGCUACAUGGUCAGAACUGAGCACGUUUCAGGACUUCCCUGUCAACUCAAGUCUUUACGAAGCACUGGUGCAUCUCCGACCCGCCAGUGGACCAGGACGCAGACUCUGGGUGAAUGCAAUUUGCAUCAACCAGGCCUGCGAUGACGAGCGUUCACAGCAAGUUCCUCAGAUGGCGUCUAUAUACAACCUGGCCAAGCGCGUCAUCAUCUGGCUUGGAGCCUUGGAUGCUACAAGACGAGCGUGCUUGAAUAAGAUUGUCUCUAUACAAGAGCAUUUGCAGCAAGAAUACGACGCCUCCAGGACGUACACUCGUGCGGAAAUGAAGGGCCUCGAGUUCCGUGCAGUAAAUGCUGAGAUCUCCGUCAACGACCUGAUGGGCUUUGCGAACAUAUGGCGAGAGUGCGACUUCGACUGGUUCAAGCGCACGUGGGUACUGCAGGAAGUCGCUAACGCCAGAACUGCCAUCGUGUGCUCCGGUUCUAUAGCAGUGACCUGGCCUGCAUUUUCGGCCUUCGCCCGACGCAUGCUCGAUGCCAAGAGGGGUUCGCCCCUGAUCCGGUACGGCGUCAUGCCUACCGUCUUUUUCAAAUUCGCCAGUUUCAUAGAUAGCCAUGAGGACAAAGCUGCUGAUCCUGACGAAGAGAUUCUCGACUUCCUGUUGAAGGCACACAGCCUCAAAGCCAGCGACCCGCGCGACAAAAUCUUCGCCCUACUGCAGUUUGGGCACGAGACGAGCAACGUCGCUUCGCUCCCUCCCGAAAUUCGUCCCGACUAUCAAAAGCCCGUCCAGCGCGUCUUUUCUGACUUUGUACGCUGGUGGAUCCUCGAGCAUAAGUCGCUGCGCAUACUGUCAGCAGUCCACACCCUACAAGGCCGCAGCUGGCAGCAGAUGUACUACGGGCAGCCUCCGGACCUGAAAGCCAUACCAUAUCCUAUAUGGUGUCUGUGGCACGGCGGUGAAGCCAACUGGGCCAAAGCCACCUUGGGGCUUGCUCCGGAUGCCCCUUAUACCGCCAGCGGCUCAUCCACGCCAGAUUUGGCACUCAUAUCUUCCAAUGCCGUCUCGCGUCCCGGCGUCCUUCGUGUCCGCGGACACCAUCUCGGCACCAUCGCCCAGAUUGCGCCCUUUCCGUUCUGGAAGUGGGGAAAUGACCUACCAAGGGAAUUGUUUCAUGCCUUUGUCCGCAUCUUUAACCCCACGGCUAACAUGAGAGUAUGGCUGCACGACAGAGAUAACCAGGAGAUUCAGAGGCUGGAUGAUCAACAGGAGAGCGAUUUCUAUGACCGCCAUUUCACUUACCAUUAUUCCCGGGGAUUCCAACGUGAGAGUCCUGCCAUUCCGUGCUACAGCGAUUGUCUGUUUACCACCAAUGAUGGCGACGGUAUCACAGAUGGGUUUGCCACUGACUUUGCGACUGGUCACCCUGGUCUGUGUCCGCAUAAUGCCUUGCCUGGCGAUGUGGUCGUGAUGUUGUACGGUGGGUCAGUUCUUUAUCUGCUUAGACCGGUGGAAGGGGAGGAUGCAAAUGCAGAAAACGAGGACAAGCGCCCGCGAGAAUUCCACUUCGUUGGUGAGUGUUUUCUGCACGGAUAUAUGCACGGAGAAGGUCUUGAAGAUGCGCGAGAGAAGGGAAUAAGGUCCGAGAUUUUCAAUCUUAUCUAG